AUGAGCGCGCGCCAGACGUUGCGCUGCCUCGCCUCGGCUAUUGGCAUUCCUAAGACGACGCUGACGCGCCACUUGGCUGCAGGUGUCUUUCGUCGUGCUACGACUCGUGUUAAGCCGAAGAUGACAGACGUGUACAAGGCACGCCACUUGGCUUUCGCUCUUGCUCAUGUGGAGCGAGCAUUUGGAGGAAGAGACUAUAGAAUGCAUCACAUGUAUGACUACGUACACGUAGGUGAAAAAUGGUUCAAUUUAUACAAGGUAUCGACAAGAUAUUACCUCACCAAGGAUGAGCUUGCACCUUAUCAAGCAUGCCCCAACCGCCGCUACAUUGGCAAGGUCAUGUUUCUUGCAGCCGUAGCGCGGUCGCGGUACGACGCUAUACGCAAGACCUAUUUCGACGGAAAAAUCGGAAUUUGGCCGAUUGUAGAGUACGUGCGUGCUCAACGAAGCUCGGCAAAUAGAGGAAAAGGCACUAUUGAGGGAGAAAAUCGCUGUGCAUUAAGGUGCAGCAAGACAACGCUGGACCACAUGUUGCUGAAGACAACGGGGGAUAUUCUUGAGGCCGGGAUCGAGCACGGCUGGACGAUAGAGACGACGUGUCAGCCACCUCGCUCGCCGGACAUGAACGUCCUCGAUCUUGGUCUGUUCAAUGCUAUUCAGAGUGUUCAGUAUCGCUACCCUAUGCAUAAACUCCAGGGGUUGAUCGCUGUAGUGGAAGACGCUUUUCGAGGCUUACCACGCACGAUAAUCGACAAUGUGUAA